GCCGACACGUUCGCUUCGGCAGUGCUAGGGUUUUCGGCACCGAGCUCGCGCCGCCGCCAGUGCAGCGCGGCGAGGGAGGAGGAACUCGGUAGCCAUGGUGAACGUGCCGAAAACUAAGAAGACUUACUGCAAGAACAAGGAAUGCAGGAAGCACACCCUUCACAAGGUUACCCAGUACAAGAAGGGUAAGGAUAGCCUUUCUGCUCAGGGGAAGCGCCGUUAUGACCGGAAGCAGUCCGGAUAUGGUGGGCAGACAAAGCCUGUUUUCCACAAGAAGGCCAAGACAACCAAGAAGAUCGUUCUGAAGCUGCAGUGCCAGAGCUGCAAGCACUACUCUCAGCACCCGAUCAAGAGGUGCAAGCACUUCGAAAUCGGUGGAGACAAGAAGGGCAAGGGAACUUCACUCUUCUAAGUUGUGUGCCAGGAGUUAGCAUUACGAAUGUUCUUGUCUUUGCCCUUUCUGCUGAGAAGCACCAGCUGGGUUUACUUAUGUAAUACUCCUACAAGAUAUACCCGUUCGUUUCCAGUCUGGUCUUUUUGAUGCAUGUACGUGAUGAGAUUAAUCUGACUUUUUUUUUUGAUACAUCGAGCUGGCUCUGCAUGUUUGCCGUGAAUCAACUAGAUGAAGUGAUCUCUUUGUAUAUUUCCUUUUGGUUUGGUUGGAUAUAGCGUCUGAUUGCGACGUGCGAGUCGUUCGAUCA